AUAGCAGUCCACUUAACAACAUUGUAGAAAUAAAAGAUUCAAGAUGGCACAGAGUCUGUACACGCUGUAUGAGCAUGCCUCAGGGUACGCUCUGUUUCGUGUACGGGAGUUCGAGGAGGUGGCGAUGUUACAGCCGCAAGUGGAGCAAAGUGUGACCGACCUCAGCAAGUUCAACUCCAUUGUAAAACUGGUGGCCUUCUCCCCAUUCAAGAGUGGAACCAAUGCUCUUGACAACAUUAAUAGUAUCUCUGAAGGGUUGUUGCACGAGGACCUGCGUCUGUUCCUGGAGACGAAUGUGCCGAAAGCUGGCAAGAAGGAGAAGAUAAUUGUUGGUGUUGGUGAUGCCAAGAUUGGUGCGGCCAUUUCAGAGGAACUUAGCAUUUCUUGUCAACAUAUUGGUGUGGUGCCCGAGAUUAUCAGAGGAAUACGUGUCCACUUUCCCAACCUCGUCAAGGGUUUGACUGACAAGUCGGCAUCCAAAGCUCAGCUUGGCCUUGGACACAGCUAUUCCAGGGCCAAGGUCAAGUUCAACGUAAACCGUGUGGAUAACAUGAUUAUCCAAAGCAUCAGCCUCCUCGACCAGCUGGAUAAAGAUAUAAACACCUUCUCCAUGAGGAUCAAAGAAUGGUACUCGUACCACUUCCCGGAGUUGGUGAAGGUCGUACCCGACAACUACACAUAUGCCAAGGUCGUAAAGCUCAUCCAGAGUCGCAAAGAUUUGACAGAAGAGAAGAGUGAGGAACUGGAAGAGAUGGUGAUGGAUGCUGGAAAGGUCAAGGCCAUAUUUGAUGCGGCAAGGUCAUCCAUGGGAAUGGAUAUCUCCCCCAUCGAUCUGAUGAACAUCAGCAUGUUUGCAACACGAGUGAUUGGAUUGACAGAUUACAGGAAACAGCUGUCGGAGUACCUCAAGACCAAAAUGAGCUCUGUGGCGCCCAAUCUUGCUACUCUCAUCGGUGAACAGGUUGGUGCCCGUCUGAUCGCCCACUCUGGAAGUCUGACAAAUCUGGCCAAAUACCCGGCUUCCACUGUGCAGAUCCUGGGAGCAGAGAAGGCGCUCUUCAGAGCUUUGAAGACCCGAGGAAACACUCCCAAGUACGGACUCAUCUUUCACUCCACUUUCAUUGGUCGAGCUGGCUCAAAGAACAAGGGCAGAAUAUCUCGCUAUCUGGCCAACAAGUGCUCCAUUGCUUCCAGGAUUGACUGCUUCUCUGAUUAUCCGACGACUGUGUUUGGGGAGCAUCUGCGGCAGCAGGUGGAAGACAGGUUAGCCUUCUAUGAGAGCGGCACAACGCCCGCCAAGAACGUGGAUGUUAUGAAGCAGGCGGUGGAGGAGGCUGUGGUUGUUCAGGCUAAGCUGGCAAAGAAGGAGAAGAAGAAGAGGAAGAAGGAGAAGAGAAAGCUAGACGAAAGUGUUGGCGCCAACACGACUGGGGAUCUUGACACCACCCAGGAGGAUGACCAAACCCCAAAGAAGAAGAAGAAGAAAAAGAAGCCGGCAGAAGAAAGCAUGGAGGUUGAGGAGGAGGAAGAAGUCGAGGAGCAGACGCCCAAGAAGAAAAAGAAGAAGAAGAAGAAUUAGGAUGAAUAAAACAACUUCCAUCAAUUGAUUUCGCAAGAAACAUUGAAUUCGCAUCAAAUUUCAUAAAGAUUGCUGUUUGGAAGCCUCAUAUCAAACAAUUUCAUGAAGAUAUCUUUCCAAACAUUUUUCAUACAUUUUGUGAGAUUCAACUUCUUUUAGUAAGGCAGUUAGAGGCGAUGCAUGUUCCAGUUUCACUGGCAUCUGUUCAGCAAGGCCUUCUUCUGGAGGCUUUUGAUGCCUGCCCCUAACUUUGUUUCAGUGUUUUGUUUUAGUUACUGAUUUUUCACCAGAGGUGAUUAAGCAAAUUUUAACAUUAUGUUGGUAUAUUUGUUAACGGACUCAUGCAGUUUCCUCAGAUAUGUUAGAAUGAUACAGUUCUUCAAAAUUCGGAACUUCUUUGAGUUUAACACUUUCAACAUUUCCAUUCAUAUAUAUUUACAUUUUAUGCAAUUCUUUUCAGUAGAAUGCUCUCAAUUGCUACACUCUGCUAACACACAUGCUGCAUUCAUGGAAUAUCAAUGAUUCAUUGAUCGUGUGGGAUUGUGUAUGAGUAGUGCUGUGUGAUGGAUAUAAAGAAAUUCUUUUGUAAAUAGAAAGUUCCUAAGGAUUAGUUCAUGCACCGUUUGUUAGAAAACCUUUUAGCAUCAUCUCUGUGCAAUGGAAAAACAAUCACAAAAGCAUUUUUAGUUUUAUUAACCAUUAUGUACACAAAAGUCAUUUAUGUUUUAGUGAACUGUCAAAAAGUGCAAAUAUGAUUGAAAGUAAUUGCAAAAGGGCAAUAAAAUUUACCAGAAAUGAUA